CGCCCCCCCCCCCGUCAGCAAAAUGGUGCAGAAGAAAUCGGAGCUCGCGGGGUUCCACCGCUCCUUCACGGGCCAGAACCCCUUUGAGCUGUCGUUCGAGCAGCCCCCCCGCCUGCAGCCCGAAUUUGACUUCGACUGCCCACCCCGUCCCGACAUGCCCUCCAGCCAACCCAUCGACAUCCCCGACGCCAAGAAGCGCCCCAAGAAGAAGAAGCGCUGCAGAGCCACCGACAGCUUCUCGGGGCGCUUUGAAGAUGUGUACCAGCUGCAGGAGGAGGUGCUGGGGGAAGGGGCCCACGCCCGAGUGCAGUCCUGUGUCAACCUCAUCACCAACAAGGAGUACGCCGUCAAGAUCAUCGAGAAGCGCCGUGGGCACAUCCGCAGCCGCGUGUUCCGGGAGGUGGAGAUGCUCUACCAGUGCCAGGGCCAUAGGAACGUGCUGGAGCUGAUCGAGUUCUUCGAGGAGGAGGAGCGCUUCUACCUGGUGUUCGAGAAGAUGCGGGGCGGCUCCAUCCUGACCCACAUCCACCGGCGGCGCCACUUCAAUGAGCUGGAGGCCAGCGUGGUGGUGCGGGACAUCGCUCGCGCCCUGCACUUCCUGCACAACAAGGGAAUAGCGCACAGGGAUCUGAAGCCGGAGAACAUCCUGUGUGAGAGCCCAGACCAGGUGUCCCCAGUGAAGAUCUGUGACUUCGACCUGGGCAGCGGCAUCAAACUGAACGGGGACUGCUCCCCCAUCUCCACCCCAGAGCUGCUCACCCCGUGUGGUUCAGCUGAGUACAUGGCCCCGGAGGUGGUGGAGGCCUUCAGCGAGGAGGCGUCCAUCUACGACAAGCGCUGUGACCUGUGGAGCCUGGGGGUGAUCCUGUACAUCAUGCUCAGUGGGUACCCCCCCUUCGUGGGCCACUGUGGCUCCGACUGCGGCUGGGACCGGGGCGAGGCCUGCCCCACCUGCCAGAACAUGUUAUUUGAGAGCAUCCAGGAGGGCAAAUACGAGUUCCCCGACAAGGACUGGGCUCACAUCUCCUUUGGGGCCAAAGACCUCAUCUCGAAGCUGCUGCUGCGGGAUGCCAAGAAGAGGCUCAGCGCUGCCCAGGUCCUGGAGCAUCCCUGGGUGCAGGGGUGCGCCCCUGAUAACACCCUGCCGACCCCCAUCAUCCUGCAGAGGAACAGCAGUGCCAAAGAACUCACCUCCUUCGCCGCGGAGGCCAUGGCCGUCAACAGGCAGCUGACGCAGCGCGACGAGGACGAGGAGGAGGAGGAGGAGGAGGAGGAGGAGCGCCCCAUCAUCAUCAAAGCAGCCUCCAGGGCCGUGCAGCUCUCACCACCCUCCGAGUCCCAGCUGGCGCAGCGGCGGCAGAGGAGCAGCGCGGCCAAAGCAGUGGCUGCGGGGCAGCAGCACCUGGUGGCCCCGCUGGUCCUGGUGGCUGACCAGGCCUGAGCCCCGCUGUGCUCCCCUCUCCUCUCCUCCCUUUCCCACCCCUUUUUCUCUCUUCAGUUUGUUUGGUUUUUUGUUUUGGUUUUUUUUUUUUUCCCCCUCUACCCCCAAAUCUGCCCUUAUUUGCUGGCUGCCAACGAGGCAGGACUGUCCUGUUGGCUGCUCCCCGAGGUUUUGCGGAUCUUCUGGGGCUUUGGGGCUGGUGGGGUUUAGGGAAGAUCCUCCUGUUUUUGUUUUGCUAAGGUAUUAAAUCACACGUGGGGUUGCUUCCCCCCUUCCUUCCCCCCCAGCACACCCGCAGACACCAGACAGACACUUGGGCUUUGCUCCCCAGCUCGUGCUUGGUUUCUCCUGUCCCCCCCACGCACACCCCGGCACCAAAGGACUCUGUGCCACUCUCAGCUCUCAGCUCAUACUGUGAACAAAAGACCAUCAGCAGCAGCGCUGUCACCUCGGCCCUACGGGGAGCUGAGGGGUCCCCCGGAUGCUGGGGGGGGGCUACAAGCAGGGGGGGCCACCCCAGGGAUGGUGUGGAAUGGGGGUGCACCCCAAUGCUCACCCCGACGCUCACCCCCCAUUGCCCCAACCCCGGCUCGUGCCCUCCCUGGCAGCCAGCCUCCAGAAUAAGCUAUUCACCCCCCUUUUAUCCUUUUUAAUUGUUACUGAUUCGUGUUGGUUUUAACCUGCUCUAGCUGUGCUUCUCUACAGGGCACGGGGAAACGUCUUCCGUUCCACCCUCACUCCAGCAGGCAGCUCGCAGGGGUAAGGCCAGAGCGGGGCAGUGCUCGGUCCCAGGGCUGUGCUCCUGCACCGGGGGGGGGGGGUGCACCCCAGGUUCCAGAGCAGCUGAGGCAAAUAGGGAGAAACGUCUUUAGGAAUACAGGGGUGCUCCAUGGAAUCCCCCUCGGUAGGGCAGCGGGGCCCUGGUGUAGCUUUGGGCUGGCCCUGAGGCUGGGCAAUGGAGUGGGGGUCCCAGCUGGGAGCAGCAGCAGCAGCAGCAGGAGGGUUUGGGGUGCAGGGCAGCAGGGGGGAGCUGAUGGAACACUGUGGGGUAGGAGCUGCAGCCGUCCCCGUGUCCUGCUCAGAGCAGGAGCCCUGUUAUUCUGCACUCUCUAUGCUUGGAGCUUUAUAUGUUUUGGGUUUUUUUUUCGGGGAGGGGGGGGGGGGGGAGGAUGGAGGGGAAGCAAAAAGCAAUCGUGCCCCACGCUGUGUGCAGUGGGAGCUUGCCUGGAUAUGGGAGAGACAUCCCCGGGUCGCUGGAAAAAAAGAGUUCUUUCUGUUUUCAGACUGCUGACAGCAAUACUAUGCAAUACGUGUAGGGUUGUUUGGGGGCAGGGGUUUCCUCCGGGUGCAGGGCUGCCCUCCCCACCCCCCUGCAGCAACUGUGGGGUCGGGGACGGCGAUGCCCCCCGCUCCUCCCUCCCCCUGCAUGGGAAAACUCCCCCCGAGGAAAAACAAAACAACAACUCCAUCUUGAUCGUGCGCUGUGACGUGGGUUGCUUACUUUGUGCUGUCAGCUGUGGAUGGUUCCUCGUUUUCUUACAUUAAGAACCGCUGGAAGGAUGCGCAGCCGACGCCUCGGGGUCCUGAGGUCUGCUGUGGGGUGGGAGCAGCACGGGGUCAGGCUGUGGGGUUGAGGAUCAGCCCUAUGGCACCCAAAGCCCCGCAGGGCACCUGGCCCAGAAACCAGCUGUCACGUUCAGUUUCGAAGCUGGGAACUCGCAGCAUUUUGCCUCCUCCCAUCCCUGCGCUCCCCUCCGGCCCCACUCACCUGACGUAGGACUGGGUAGAAACUUGUUACUGUGAAGUUAACUUUUCUUUUGUUUGUUUGUUUGUUUUAAUGGAAGUGGGGGGGGGGGGGGGGAUUUUCUCUGCUUUACGAUGGAUGAAGACUGCCAAAGCUGGGCUGACACGUUGCGCCCCGCUGCCUCCGCUUGGGGCUGGGGGAUAAAAAACAACGGGGGGGUGGGGGGGCAAAAAAGAGAAUUAAAAAGGAAGGAAAGAAAAAAAAAAAAGACAAAAACAAAAAACAAAACCCUACAACCAACAAGCACUUUACUGUAUGUACCAGGUGAACUGAUACAGCUGGAUUGAAGUUUUCCUUUAUAACCAUUGUUGAUGCCAGAAUUUUGUAUUCUGUUUUGUAAGGAUUUAAUAAAAAUGCGUUGAGACCGA